AUUUGGUGUGCAUUUCAAUAUCAUUUCCUUUCCAUUUCAUGCUCUUCUUUCUUCUCUCUCUCUCCUGUAUCUCUGCGAUUAAAUUUAAAUUCGCCCCAAAUUUUCUUGCAUUUCAUUUCCAUUUCAAUUUCGAGACGUUACUCUGUUUUUCACUCUUCUCGCUUUCUUCUCUCUCUCUUUUCCUCUCCAAGUUCCUCUCUUUCUUCGUUUCUCUCUUUGGUCUCAUCGAUGAUGGAGAUAGAAGCUACAAGAAGCUCUCUGUAUCUGAAUUUUUUUUAUCUUACACUACAGCCUGUAUCAGCUUUUGAUCUUUUUGUUCUAGAUCAAGUAUGAGUAGAAGCUUAUAGCGUUGGAUCUGUUAUUUUAUGAGUUAAAUAAGCUGUUCUUCGCGUCAAAUUCGAUAAUCGCUAAUUGAAGCAUCUGUGGAUCCCUGGAGAGAUUGGAAAAAUCAUCAUCUGUUCCGACUGCAUCUAGUAUAGAAACUAAACCUAAACCAAAAACAUGAAUCAUCUAACUGUUGAGACUGAGGAUUCUUUUUCUAGUUUACUUGAAUUUGCUGCUAACAAUGAUGUUGAAGGCUUUAAGCACUUGAUUGAGCGGGAUGCUUCCUCUAUUGAUGAGGUUGGGUACUGGUAUGGUCGCCAAAAGGGAUCUAAGAAUAUUGUUCUUGACCACCGAACUCCACUAAUGGUUGCUGCUACAUAUGGCAGUCUUGAUGUUCUUAAGUUUAUACUCACUCACACAGAUGCAGAUGUUAAUCUCUUAUGUGGGAUGGACAAAACCACUGCACUUCAUUGCGCCGCUUCUGGUGGAUCGAAAAAUGCUGUUGAAGCUGUUAAGUUGCUUUUAUCGGCAGGUGCUGAUCUAAAUUGCCUGGAUGCUAGUGGCUAUCGUCCUGUUGAUGUUAUUGUUGUUCCUCCAAAGCUAUAUGGCAUGAGGGGCACACUUAAAGAUCUUCUAUCAAACAGCGUUUCCAAUGGUUCAUUAGCUGAGAAUAAUUGCAAUGGUUCUGUUGGAGAGCCCAAUUGUAAUGGUUCUGUUGGAAAACACACCUCUAAUGGCUCUGCUGGAGAAUGCAAUUUACGGGUGUCAAUAAGUACUUCUAGUACUAGCUCACCAACCCUUUCAUCUUCCCCUGAAAAUGGUUCACCACCUUCUCCUUCUGUGUUGGUAUCUUCUCCAUUGGCCUCUAAGUACAAUGAUAUGCCAUCAAGCACAACAUCUGAGAAGAAAGAAUAUCCAAUUGAUCCAUCGCUCCCUGACAUCAAGAACAGCAUCUAUGCAACAGAUGAGUUUCGCAUGUAUUCAUUCAAGGUCCGCCCAUGUUCUCGAGCAUACUCUCAUGACUGGACUGAGUGCCCUUUUGUUCACCCUGGAGAGAAUGCACGAAGAAGAGACCCACGGAAGUUCCACUACAGCUGUGUGCCUUGCCCUGAUUUCCGUAAAGGAGCCUGCCGGCGUGGGGAUAUGUGUGAAUAUGCUCAUGGGGUUUUUGAGUGUUGGUUGCACCCAGCUCAAUACAGAACAAGGCUUUGCAAGGAUGGCACUAGUUGCAAUAGACGGGUCUGCUUUUUUGCCCAUACACCUGAGGAGCUCAGGCCCUUGUAUGUCUCUACAGGAUCUGCUGUUCCUUCUCCACGCACUUCUGCAUCUGCAGCUAGUGUCAUGGACAUGGCUGCUGCUUUGAGCCUAUUGCCUGGUUCGCCAUCGUCAGUCUCUGCCAUGUCUCCUAGUCCAUUUAAUCAACCAAUGUCUCCUACAGCGAGCAGCAUUUCCCACUCAUCUCUUGCAUGGCCACAGCCAAACGUACCGACACUCCAUCUUCCAGCAAGCAAUCUUCAAUCAAGUCGCUUGAGAUCGUCACUUAGUGCCCGCGAUAUCCCACCUGAGGAUCUUAAUUUGUUGUCGGAUUUUGAUGCCCAGCAACAAAUUUUAAAUGAUUUAACAUGUUUUUCACAGUCACGUAACAAUUCUGCAUCUUUAAAUCGUUCUGGUCGUUCUAAAACACUAACUCCUUCAAACCUCGAAGAACUCUUUUCUGCUGAGAUCUCUUCUCCUCGAUACUCUGAUCAAGCAGCUGCAGUGUUCUCUCCUACACAUAAAUCAGCUGUUCUCAAUCAAUUCCAGCAGCAGCAGAGCAUGUUAUCUCCAAUCAAUACAAGUGUUUUCUCCCCAAAAAAUGUUGAUCACCCUCUACUCCAGGCUUCAUUUGGUAUGGGAUCUCCUGGAAGGAUGUCACCAAGAAGUGUAGAGCCUAUCUCUCCAAUGGGCUCUCGUCUCUCUGCAUUUGUCCAGCGGGAGAAGCAGCACCAACAACUUCGGAGCCUUAGUUCAAGGGAUCUCGGAUCAAACAAUCCUGCAGCCUCCAUUGUUGAGUCUCCAGUGAAUUCUUGGACUAAGUGGGGCUCACCAAAUGGGAAGUUAGAUUGGUCCAUUAAUGGCGGAGAUGAACUAGGCCACUUACGAAGGUCAUCAUCAUUUGAGCUUGGUAACAAUGGGGAGGAGCCAGACCUGUCAUGGGUCCAAUCUCUGGUUAAAGAAUCACCUCCUGAGAUGUUGAAAGAGAAGUUUGGUGUACCAGUUUCUGGUGCAGCAUCAUCCGGUGAGGGAUUAAAUCCUAGUUCUCAAAUUGAUUCUGUUUUGGAAUCUUGGCUCGAGCAGAUGCAGAUUGAUCAGCAGCAACAGCUUGUAGUCUAGUGAAAAUGAUUCAUUUUUACUCAUCAAGAUAGGUUAAACUAUUUUCUUGAAGGUACAUAUUUUUUUGUGGGGUUUUGGCUCCUGGGAAAGUAAAGUUCGGAAGGUUAACAUUAGUAAACGGCGCGCAAGGAGCUGGGGUAAAGAAUUGGCUUAAAGUUUCAGAGAUAUUAUUCAAUUUUUUGCCAUUUAUUUUUAAAUCAAGAUGAGAAGGAUGAAGCCUUUCUGGGCUAAUGCUAAUGAAACCAGUCCAGGUUAGGUCUCUAUCUUCUCAGAUGUUUCUGUUUCUAGGAUCAAUUUUUUUUUUUCACUGUUAAUUCCUUGAAGGGGAAGCUUUAGCUACAUGUUUCAUUUUGCAAUGAAACCAUGAGUUGUAUUAUUUGAUAGUCUCUCUUUUUCAAAUUUGUCCAUUUUCUGGAUUUGUUUUUAAUGUUGUUGGAUAAAGAAAAGAAGGGGAAGUGGAGAGGUAAUUCUUUACUGAUCUUGAAGGGAUGAUGAUUGAUGAUGUGUUCCAUUGAGAAUGCAUUAUGGUGGGUGGGGGAACAGAUAAUGAGGAGCCAUUACUUUUCUUUUGAUGAUGUAAAACUGAACUAAAAAAGUUUAUUAAAUUCUAUACCUUUUAUUUUUUA